CACUGCACUCCUUUGCCAUUGGAUUCUCAGGAGGCUGCAAAGGACUCAGAGCCAAGAUGCUGCAGAGUCGGUGGUACCUGUGGGUUGCGCUUGGGGCUCUUUUGGCUGUAGCUACAGCUCAACGCAGGGCCUACGGCAGAAACAACAAGCGGGAACAAAACUGGAGUCAGAAGCACCCAGGGUACAAGACCUGGAAUUCACGUCUGUACCCCAAAUGGAGAGAAGGAGACGCCAAACAGCGCAACUGCUGGAAAGGUGGGGAGGUGACGUUUGAUAUCAGCAACGAUGCCCCGACUAUCACCGGUGCCAAAGCCACGUUCAGCAUUGCCCUUCGCUUCCCUGGCAAUCAGACGGUGCUGCCAGAUGGACGUGUCGUGUGGAGCCACAACUGCACCGUCAACGGUACCUAUGUGUCGGAAGGAGACCCUGUUUUCCCUGAUCAGGGUACCAAUGCUUCUGACUGCUUCUUUCCUGAUGGACAGCCUUUCUCCCCAAGUGACCGUGGGAAACGUGGCAAGUUUGUCUAUGUCUGGCAAACAUGGGGGCGUUACUGGCAAGUAGUAGAUGGUCCCGCUUCCUUGCUGACCAUUGACACAGGUGAGGUACCCCUGGGCUCCUAUAGCAUGGAAGUGGAAGUCUAUCACUACCGGGGUCGUGAGAAAUUCAUCCCUAUAGGAGGAACCUCAUCACAGUUCAGCAUCACUGACCAGAUCCCAUUCAACGUGGAUAUUGCACAGGUGCUAGAUGUAGACGGGGCCGACGGCAGCUUUGUGCUUAACCGAGCAAUCUCUUUUGGAGUGCGGCUACAUGACCCCAGCCAAUACCUACGUGAUGCUGACAUCUCCUACUCCUGGGAUUUUGGCGAUGGGAGUGGGACCUUGAUUUCUCAGGCCACCAUGGUUACCCAUACCUACCUCACUGUGGGUACCUUCAGCCCUCGUGUGGUGCUCCAGGCUGCCAUCCCUCUGGGCUCUUGUGGAAGCACUUCUGAGGAGCCCCUCAUCAUCCCCACCACCACCCUCGGCAGCACCGUGGCUCAGGCUACCAUCCCUGUGACAACCCCAAGCCCCACCACAGCUCAAAGCCCCACUGCCUUGCCUACAGUCAGCAGCAUCCCAGGAACAGGCUCGGCAGGCGUUCAGAGCCCUGUACCAGACCCUGUGACUCCAGCUGUCCCAAGUGAACAGCCUCCGGAGCCUGCAACCCCAGAAGCUGAUCCUUUGUCCACAGCAGCAGCAGCAGCAGCAGUCACUGUGAUCAGUGCUGUGCCAGAAGGGGCCGGUUUAGCUGUUGCAUCUGUAGACCCUGCAACUGUUGUCUCUGCCAAUGUGGUUGAUGAUACUGCAGGCACUGAGGACCCUUUGGCCAUGACUACUGCCAUGCCUGCAUCUCUCCCAGGCACCAUUGCACCGACAGCUGCAGCCACUGCCGUACCUGCAUCUCUACCAGGCACUGAACAACCGGCUUCUUCCAUUACAGCGACAGUUGAGGAUGCCCCAGACACUCUGGCAUCUACAGUUUUGUCUCCAGCAGCAUCUACAGCUGUGCUUCCUGGGGCAUCGACAACACUCCCUAGUGCAACCAAUACCCCAGUCUCUCCAGUUGCAGGUUCCACAGAAGAUGCAGCAACCAUCAGUCUGCCUGUGUCUGUCCCGACUGAAACAGGAACAAUUGCAACUGAGGUUGUCCAGAUUGUGGUAAAACGUCAAGCACCUUCCAGCUGCCUGCUCUACCGUUAUGGGACCUUUGGCACUAAUCUGGACAUUGUCCAGGGCAUUGAGAGUGUGGAAAUUGUGCAAAUUGUACCACUGGUAACAGCUGUUGCUGACAACACAGUAGAUCUCACUGUGACCUGCCAAGGAAGCCUCCCCGAUGAAGUCUGCACAACGAUUUCUGACCCCGAGUGCUUGGUAGCCCAGGAGACAGUGUGCAGCCCGGUCCAGCCGAGCCCUGACUGCCAACUAGUUUUGCGCCAGGCCUUCAACGAUUCUGGCGUCUACUGUGUCAACAUCUCACUGGCUAAUGCCAAUAGCCUGGCUGUAGCCAGCACUCAAGUCAACAUCCAAGCAGGAAGAAGUCCAGCCUCAUCUCAGAUAACACUAGUAGUUGGAGUAGUCCUUGUUGCUGCCGCCUUGGGGGCUGUUGCCUAUGUCUACAGGCGAGCCAGAUAUAUCCCCCUACGUGCUGUGAUGUCCGCCGGCACGUCUCCUAGGAGUUGGUUGCCUGACCGCACUGCUGUCCGCCUUUUCCUACGCCAGGCUUUUGGGCAAGGGGCAAAUGGGGAGAGCAGCCCACUGCUGAGUGGCAAUGUGAUCUAAAGGUAGAGAUGAAUGCCAAGGGACCCAUCAAGCCUCGCUGACUUAAUGUGUCAUGGAGCCCACACUGAAAAAGGGGAGAGUAUACUCCCACUGCAACUCUGCUCCCUUCCCCAUUGAUCUCCCUUGCCUUGUUGUCAUUUUCAUCCAGUUUUCAGCUAAGUAAACACCAUGACUCCUU